UAUAGACCAUAUCCUCAACCUUCACCUCGUUCUCUGGCACGACUGCUUUUACCUAGCCAGAAUGAAGGACAAAAGACAAGGUUAUGAGCGGAUGAACAACAUUGAUGAGAACGAUGACACAGACACUGCAAACAGCACUGUCUAUAUCAGUCACUUUGGUUCUCGUUGCCUCCAGGUGACAUGGAGCCUCAUUUGCCUGCUCAUGUUUCUCGCGGGAAUUGUGAUGUUAUCGGCGGCACAGAGUUGGAAAUUAUCCGACCGUGAAUGUGCUGCCCAGCUCUCUAUCUGGUCCCCGUUGCUUGAAGCAGUCGAGUAUGAGCAGCGGGAUUGGGUCAGUAUCUUCGCCACACAGAAUUCGGGGUAUACAGGUGCCCCUACCGAGCACAUGGAGGCAAAAUGGAAACGAUUAGUCGACGUGCCCAGUGUGGUUGUCCCUCCUGAACGUGUACCCCUCCUCAACCGCAGCACUGAGCAAGGGUUUGUGCCGGUGCCCGCCGAGUCGCCCACCCAGGGUUACGUGGCCGGGGUCGAGGUCUUCCAUCACCUUCACUGCCUCAAUGUUCUGCGCCAGUACAUCGGACGCGACGAAUACCCCGAAGGGCUUCUUCCACGCAUCCUGAAGCAGAAUUCCCCGCUGGCAAUUCGGGCACAUGUCGACCACUGCAUUGAGACUCUUCGGCUUGCCCUCAUGUGCAAUGCCGAUGUGACCCCAUACCUCUUGUAUGAGAAGGAGGUCGAGUCGCCGUUACAGGUUCCUGCCCGAGAAGACUUCCAGGCAUUUCAUAAGUGUAAGAAGUUCGAUCGUCUUUUGGAUUGGGUUCAUUUGAACGGGGUGGUGGUGCCGUUGCGGUCCAAGGGUAGUGCAGCCUAGCAGAGUUGGCCGUUUGCCUUGCUCGAAAGACAGUAAAUUCUCUCGGUCGAUAUCAAUGCGUCUAAAUGAU